AUGACUGGGCCACUUGUUGAAGAUCUUUGCCAGCUAGAACGAGGCCAAGUUAUGUACGACGCCAUUCUUGGUGAAGACAUCUUUGUAAUUGCACCUGUACUUUUCUUUUGUGGUGACAAUGUGCGACAAGCCGAGCUGGCGUUGAACAAAGGGUCGAUGGCAAAGCACACUUGUCGAUACUGUUAUUGGCAAGCGGAUCCCUCCAAGCCCAUCGAUGCUACUGGUCAGCCUGUCGCGUUGCGAUACAGUGCUGGAACUCACUUAGCACAGGAACGAACUUGGAUCGACUUCCGCGACUUUGUGAGAGGAGCUGAAGAGCGAAACAGUAGAGUACAUCUACCAAACCGUGGCCGAGUCGUUCGACUUAACGGAGGCACAAACAGUAUGACGCCCUCCUCUACAGCGGACUGGAGUAACCUCAGCUUUAAGCUAACUGGAGCAGAGGUACUACUGAACUUGAAUGCCGUGGACCUCUCAAAAGAUUUGCCAGUCGAGAUUCUGCAUACCAUUUUGCUCGGAAUGACAAAAUACUGUCUCAAGAUUUUGAUGCAGUACUUCAUCCAAACCAAAGAAACGGAUAGUCUGACUCUACUUUUUCGCAACUACAACUCUCCCGCCUUGCACCGAAACUUGACCUCUUCGUUGAAAAUAGCAAGAAACAACAACCCUCAACUGUUCACGGACCACGAUUCGUUUUCUGCAAUGUUUGAAUGUUUCAAUAAGCUUGCCGCACUAUCGUCGCUUGUCUACAUGCAAAAGAUUGACAAUUUCGAUCAGUACAAGUUGGAAUUAGAUACGACUGUAGCAGAAACAAUGACUGCAAUGGAUAAUCUCCAGCAUACAACAACGCCGAUCGCUGAAAGCAGAAGAACUCCAGCUACUCGAACAACCGCUAUACAGAGAAUGAACUUUUCUUCUCUGUGCAACAGAUUGAAAUCACAUCUUCUUAUUCAUCUGUCGCAAGAUGCGGAUCGAUUUGGUGGAGCCGUUCAUACUGAAGCAGAGAGGUGUGAACAACACCAUAAAUUUAUGCGUGAGCUUCUAUGCCACACCAAUAGGCAGAACGGUGGACGAGACAUGGCCAGAAAAUUUGCAGAAGAAUAUAUGCUACGUCAUAUAUGUAAAGGUGGUCGUUUCGUGGAUUGUUUUUCAGGAGUUUGGGAAACCUGCCGUCCAGGUGUUAUCGCUUCGUAUGAUCCUGCAUUGGUACAAAGUGGGCUCGUUCUGGCAGACAAUACAAACAGCAGUAAGAAGCUUAAGGUUGGCCUAGCUGCCUUGUUCUAUAACCGCCAUACAUCUUCCAAGACGAGUGGAUUGACCCUAGGUGUCAUCACGGCGAAACAAGGCGACGAGUUCUAUGUUCAGGCCUACGAUUUUGUUCUGGCUGCUGGUGAAGCUGCGUCAAUGCAAAGUCGAAGCAUUUUUGAUUGCUGCGUUCAAGACAUCGCAAGCAAUUUUAUCGUCGUGCGGUUACCUCGCGAUGAUUUUGUCCUUAAUAGCACUGACGAAUAUCUUGUUGUCGAAGUUUUCGACAUGUCGCAAAGUCUAAUAAUGAGAGCGCUACAGAGAGACUCGUUGAGCAUCAAUAAGUCGAAGUUUGGGACUCACUGGUGGCUCAAAAACACGACGUACAACUUUGAAAAAAUCGUUUACUAAACCCAUUCCUUCAAUCUUUUCAUUACAUCACUUCUCUUCUUAAUACGUUAUCUAUGUCUUAUUCCUAUACCCUUUGUUGAUUAUUCUUCUAUGCAUCUUAACGAACCUCUUUUAUAUUCUUUCUAUAUGAUUUUUCUAUGCGUUUUAUGGCCACCUUUUAUAUUCUUUCUGUAUGAUUCUUAUGUCCGUUUUUUAUGCCCCUCCAAAUCAUAUUUUUUUCUUUCGCUUCUUUUCUUAU